AUGGUCUCAUAUCACGAAGUACCUCCGCUCAUGCUCGACCUCCUCAAGCAUUACCUCUCGUGCCCGAAGUUCCGCGCCAUUUGUGAGGAGGCUAUUGGCUUCUCUCGACCUGCCCACCCUCUUGGUCGUCUUGGCCUCUUCGGCUCCACAGUGGAUAUCAGAAGGAUCGUCUUCGACAUCGCGGUGAUGCGCUUCACCUACCACGCGGCGAUCAUCGGUGACGCGUUCGACCUCGUGGUGGGAGACCCGGCUGCUGAUCCGGAGGAAGCCGAGGGGCGGCGGAGAGAACUCACCAAUCGGGCCACCAAUUGGUCAUCCUCUUGGCUUCCAUCCAUCUUCUACGCCGCGCCCCAAAGCGACUUCAACACGUGGCUGGACUGGUGUGUGGACUACGCCUACGGAGUGCUUCACUAUCGUGGCUUUGCUCCCUUGUUCGCAAAUCGCAGGUUCAGCAUCAUCCUGAUCUUCCUCGGCCUCCUGGUGAUCAUAGACAGCUGCUCCGUCCUCGUCUGCCGCCUCGUGGGGUUCCCAGAGAGCUUCUCCAUCCUCGCUUCCUUCCUCGUGAGCGCGCUGCUGGCCAAGGGAGCGCUGCUAAUGCUCCACACCCUCUUCCCUGCCCUCACAGAGGACAAAGAGGGCCUGAUCACUUGGCUCCUUCUGCACCCUGCCAACCUGAUUGAGGAAGACCCGACCAGCGCGGCGAAUGUGGAAAUCGCCUUCCACGACGAGCAGCCUGGAGUUCCUGAUGACGAUCUACCCGUGGAGGCGGAGGAUCCAGUGUUCCUCCCGCUGAUCCAUGAAGUGGACAACUGGUGCGAGGGAAAGGAGAAGAAGAACAAGGAAAUCUCGGCCGGCACUGAGCUGCUGCUCAGCUUCAACGGCUCCCAGGCGCCCCGCGACGGCUCGGGCCUGAAGGUGGAGAUAGGCGGCAAAAUCUACAGCGCGACGGUGGUCGCCUCCGAGUUCGACGCCUUCCAGACGCCCAGCCCCACCCCACGGGCGGACGACGACCGCAGCGAGGCGCCAGGAGGGGGGGCGUAA